CGCGUAAAUACUAGGUCAAGAGUCUGCGAUUGACGAUUUUGCUAGGGAAUUACUGCGUAUGCUGGGUUUCGAAGAACGUAGCCUCGUCCUGAGGUCCCGGUACGCCGUACCUUUGUUUAUCUGCGGAGAUCCCACGCGAAUGGUCCAAACCGGUGUCUGCCUUCUCCAUCACGCGUCAACCAUUCUUCUUGUCGUACAGGAAGGCAAGACUGAACUGAGUGCCAAAGAUCCGGAGCCCCGGGUCAUAUCAGAGGCUAUUGCAGCCUUUCAGAUGAAUAAUAGCAACAGAGCUCGGCUUGGUCUGGAGAGGAAGGACAGCAUGUCGAUUCCUUGCAUCACGAUGGUUGGCACGCGACCAAUCUUUUACGUUGUCCCUGUGACGCAGCAGCUCAGUACGGCUGUGGCGAGAGGCGAAUUCCCUGAACACAUUACCGAAGUUAGGAAAUGUGAAGUUGUUGGCGACAGAAGACGGUCAAGCGAAGGGAUGGAGAAGCCUGACUACAGGCUGGAGGCUUUGAAGCACUAUACGUUGUUCCGUUCCCUGGCUAAAAGCCUUUGGUCUGGAUUCCUCGUUGAUUGAUACGGGUCAAGACCGUGCUGCGAGACCCAAGCUGGCUUUCCAUAUGUUGUGUAUCGUAUCAAAUGCUGGGAUGUACAACAGCCAUUGUCGAUCAUUCCCAGUCAUCUGCAACACCGUCGUCAUAGUUCGCUAUCGUAUGUGAUUCGUUCUGCUGGAUCCUAAAGGAUCAAAAGAUGCUUCUGCAGGUCGGAAGGGACAGCAGCAAGUGAUUCCUGUUAUAACAGCUGGUCACAAUGAGCGCGCGUUGAUCAAGGAAAGGCAAAGCAUUCCGUGACGCCUUUCCGCUUUAUCAUCUUCCCGUGCGUGCUUCUUCGCUUGACUCGUACCCCUGUGUUCAUCUCAAUCAUCCCGGCGCCCGGUUUUUCGGGGUGGAACCCGUGCAGACGCGAUCGAGCGCAGCGAACCUCUUGGCUGCACCUCGUGAGCAUAUAAAGGUUCGAUACAAAAGAGGCUCGGC